UAGUUCUAGUUCGUAGUUUCCGUGUUUGAGGUUAUAAGUUGAUAUACUAAACCAGCCAAAAUGAUCUUCAAACUUCUUAGUUAUUUCAGUUCCGAGUCUUCUUAAUAAUAUAUAAAUAUGGGUAUUGAAAGCGAAGAUACUGCAUUUUUAGGCCUAUUUGCCCCAAUCGAAAGUGGUCAAUGUGAGAUAUGCGGGGAACGUCACAUUGUAGAUAGCUGUACGCUGAUAGAAGGAUUCACCGAUCACAUAUGCGACACUCCCACCCUCUCAUAUGCUCGCCUCACAUUGCCAGACGGACUUGAAGUACGAGAAUUGUCUGAUGGGUCAAAAACUGUUAUUACCACCAAACCGAUAUCCAAAGGAUUGAAGUUUGGACCAUUCAUUGCCAAGACUUCUACGUUGAUUGAUGUCAGAAUUGAGUUUCCAAUUAAGGUAUUUCUAAAUGAAUCAGAGAGCGUUUAUCUAGAAACUUAUGAAGAAAUAUUUUGCAAUUGGAUGUGCCUUGUGCUUCCUGCCAGCUCAGCUGAGGAGCAAAAUAUGAUAUGUUUCCAGGUAAAAGGAAGUAUUUAUUUCUGUAGUCUGCGAAAUAUUGAAAAAGGAGAAGAGCUUCGUGUUUGGUAUGCUCCGUACUAUGCUGAAAAAAUGGGUGCUCACUCAUUCCCAAGACCAUCCAAAUUGAUACACAGCUCCGAUGAAGAAUUCCAGGAAAUUUUUGAGUCUUUACAAAGGGGAAUUGAAAUGCAAGAUCAUCAAUACCUCCCCAAGUUAAGGAAAAGAAGAAGACCACCAAAAAAGUUAAUGCAUGAAGAAAAUUACUACCGUGAGAUGCCGCCUGAUGUGCUCCCAGGAGAGUUACUGGGUGCCGAGCGUCGCAGUGAGUGGGAGUGUUCCACCUGCGGCCAGGUAGAGGAGAACGUAGCUGCGUUUGCUCGACAUCUCAGGACUCAUCUCCGCCUGUCAAAACCCUCUCUGCGCUGCCCGCAUUGCAAGGUCAACUUCCGCAAGGACAUUAGUUAUCGAAUACAUCUAGAAAUAUGUAACAAAAAAGCACUGGAAAAAAACUCUAAUGCAAAAAAUGUAUCAGACUUAAACCAAACCAUUUAUACUGUAAAAGUCGUGAACCCUGGUGCAGCAAUAUCGUCAGACGUUAUUAGUGUGAAUGAUAACAAUGUUACUAGUCAGUCAGUCAAUGUCGACAUUUCAAAAAACCUUCAUCCAGAAGCAUUUACAAACUGUAAACCUGAUAGUUCAAGUAUCGAUACAAGCAAGAGCAUGGAUUUAGCAAAUAACACUUGGAACAUUUCAGAACAACAUGGAGAGAAAGACAAAAGUGAAACUAUUGCUACACAAUCAGCGUGUCUGAGGCCUGAAGACAAGAUUGAUAUGAAUAAAAAUUGCAAGUUUCAACAGCUACAAAAUGGAGAAGAAAACCUGGAAGAAAAUCUUAUUGUAAAAUCUCAUUUGAACCCUCCAAUACUUGACCUGAGCGAUGAUAUUGACUUUCACCUGACCAAGUCCUUUGACGAAAUGAUCAAUGACGACUGUAACUUGAAACAUAGUAGAAGUUUGGAUUUGUUCGGAACAGUGGAGCCGUCCUUGAUACCCUCUGAUGUUACCAAUCCUCAUAACUCGUCUUUGGAAUCAACAUCUUUCUAUUCCCUCGAGAAAAACGAAUUCCUUCAGACAGAUUUUGCUACUUGCAAUGAUGUUACAGAUGAAGAAAGGAACAGAAUCGUUGAAAAGUUACUGACUGAGACGGAAGAUAAUUUUUUUGCCAGUGAUUAUGAAAUAACCGAUGGGUGUUGCAGCGAUAAUGCGAAAGUGGAUCAGACAAAUGAAGAGACACACGCAAACAAAGUAGUGACGAGAGAUAAUCAAUCUAAGCCAGGUGGAGAUUUCAAAUGUGAUAUUUGCUCCAAAAUCUUUACCAAGUCAAUAUACCUAUACAGACACCUAAGGAAACACACUGGGGAGUUCAAGUGCAACAGCUGUUUUAUGGUGUUUGCACGUAACGAGAAUCUGCAGAACCAUCGACGGAGCUGCUCCAUUGCGAAAGACACACAAGACUCUAUCAGGCAGAUGCGGAUAGUCUGCAAGUAUUGUAGACUCCAGUUCUACUCUCUCUCCUCUUUACAUCAACACAUGGAGGAACAUUACUGCAGUGGUGACACGUGGAGUUGUAGGUGCCAUCUGAUCUCAAAUAGUGCAGAACUUUUUUUGACCCACAACUGCCCUUUCAGCAAUGGGAAGACGUGCACAUUAUGCGGCAAAAAGUUUAACUCCCAAAAAGAGUUUAUUGAACACAAAAACUAUCCGACUUUAAGAACUCACGUUAAACCAGAUCGUUCCCUACUUUGUGAGUUUUGUGGGAUUAUGCACACAAGCAUUACAGGGGCUCGUCUCCAUAGACACAGACAUCAUGAAAAAACCUACAGCUGUUCAACUUGUGGAGAAAGAUUUUCCAGAAUGGAUGGACUAGUGAUUCAUUCACAAAAGCACGAAAAUGUUUUAUGGGAGUGUCCAAUCUGUUUGAAGAAGCUCAAAAGUGAAAAAGGCCUCUCCCACCACCAGAAAAGCAUGCACACUGAACCUUCGCACACUUGCAGAUUUUGUGAUAAGAAAUUCCGCCAGAGAUCCAAUUUUACAAAACAUUUAAAACUUCACAUGGGUAAUUUUAGCUGUGAUCUCUGCUCGGUCAACUUAUUGUCAAAAAAAACACUUAAUUCACAUUAUCUACAGAUCCAUGGAAAGUCAGUGUUCCAGUGUGAAGAUUGCCAAGAAGUUUUUACACAGAAAUUGCAACUUUGCAAACAUAGAAGCAGGCAUUUGAGAUACCAGUGUGCUUAUUGCAAAGUACAAUGCCGUUACAGGAGCUCUCUGAAGAGACAUCUCGCUGCUUUUCACAAGGACAAGUCUAAGGAAUGGGACAAUACUCAAUUCCUAACUAAUGUGCAACAGGUAAAAGUUUCAAUAAACAAACACGCUGAGGGAAGGGAAGAAGGUGGUUCUGUGCCUACAGUCCACAAUGCUUCCGCCAGUAACAUACUGCAAACUGCUGCAGACGAUUUGAUGGAGGAAGACAACGUCGAUGAUCCCGAUGAAGCCAUGGAGAAUGUGCAAAUGCCAGAUAUUUCUCAGCUGACUACUACAAACCUGGUCACAACUAUGGCAGAUGGUAACACUCAGAAUGUCUCGUUCGACAUAAAUGUUCUACAAGGAACUGACGACAUACAACAGUUAGUCAGCUUAGAUGGAGAAGUUCUCUCGAUGCCUGUUGCUUUUGUUCAAGAUAUUCCCUCUCCCUCUGGCCUCACAACGCUAGAUGAUCAGUGCCCAGUUGUGAUGAACUUCCCGGUUGUUUUGCCUGACGGAUGUUUGCUGUUAAACAAUGACUUGGUGACCAAACAGCCAUCAGAAGAUGACUCGACUUUGAUUAACAUCAGUGACAUUCAAACGAUAAGUGGAUCUACAAGUGCUUUUAUUUUGACUGACGAACCAGUCAGUGAAUCAGACCAGCUGUUGUCAGAUAACGUUCUGUACUACGUCAUUGAUCCAGCCGCCACUGAAUCAAUGGAGUAAAUAUUUAUUGUGUGUUUACACUAUUUAUUUAGUUUUAUUUAGACUUGUAGAUUGAUCAUGUGUUAUGUAGAUCAUUAUUUGACAUUACUUUAUCUUUAACUUUCCACUGUAUAAUUUUUGCUUAUCAAAGAUAAUGUUAAUUCAGUAAUUAUUAUUUAGAGAUCAUGGAUUUUUUAUUUGUAUUGAUUUACUCCACCCAGAUAAGCUGCAGUCAGUAUUUUGGCCUCAUAAAAUUCAAGUUGAAAUUAAAUGUGGUUCCUUACACCAUUUAAGACUGAUAGUGGUUUAGAUGCAAUUUCCAAUUGUUAAUCUUGGUUAUUUGUAUUUUUUAUAUGUCCUGUUUCAUUUUUACCUUCAUAAGGUAUUUAACACGAUUAUAUUUUAUAUUGUAUCCGUGUGAAGAUCAUCAGGUUUUUUUAUGUUCAGUGUUAAGAACCUGUUAGCUACAAACUAAAAUCUUACCAUCCAUUUCCAGGAACAAAAUUGUAAAAGGUUUAAUAAUUAUAAAGGAAUCAUUCAGUUAAUAGAGUUCAUUUGGAUAUAAAAUUCCUUAAAGCCAAAUUGUAAAUAAGCCGUUUAGGUAUUGUACAUUUUCUACAUUUUGGGAAAACAUAAACUUAGAUGCAAAAUCAAGCAGUGAUUUAUAUUUUACAAAUUUGUAAGUUGUUUAAUCCGGCUAAUCGUAGUGAUGACAUUUUAUUUUAGUUAACAUACAUUUGAUGUGUUCAUAAUAUAAAUAAUGAUCUGUUUUGUUUUUAUAUAAUAAAAAAAAGGCAAAGUAUUGAUUUCCUCUGUUUAAUGUAUAUUAUAUUGUA